GAGGAGAGAGAGAGAGAGAGAGAGAGAGAGAGAAAGAGAGAGAGAGGUGGGGGGAAACAGCUGCAAGCGGAUACUCAACAUCAACAAGCUGUAUGAGGCAUCUGUAAAGAAGAAGCAGGGAUUUGACGAGGACAGCAAGGGGGUUCCUCACGUUUUUCUCUUUGGUUUCCAGAACUGAGGCGUGGAGCUUGCAAGAAUAUCCUACAAGUGGUGAAGCGAUGGUUUAGCGGAGCAAUUUGGUAGAUUUUUUUAUUUUUUUUACAGCACGCCCGCCCGACGACACUGUAAUUCCGAGCAGCAAUCCCACAAACAUCUGUGGACGCUCUCUCUGGUGGGAGAUGGCUGUUUUCCGGCUGUCGUUGCUGCUGCAAGUGGGAUUUGUGAUCGGAUCAAACCAUAAAUACGCGGAAUGGUCCGCGCAUGGGGAAGAUAUCAGAACACAGGAGGCGAUUUACGGCGCUCAGACGCACCGUCGGCAGCUGGCGCAUCUCCGUGCGCCUCUUCACCCACCCGGGGAGACGGUGGAGCUGGCGCAAAAAAUAGAGGAGCAUCUCCCCAGGGUGGUCACCGCUUUUCUUCACACGGGGGACUCGACCACCUUAAAGCACGCCAACUGUUCGCGGAGGUACGAGCUCACCUCUCUGCGGGGAAGGUCACACGCCACCCCGCAUUACUCCAUGGGCAGCGUGCUGGAUACGGUGCUGCACGCCACAAACUUCCUCAACAUGAUCUUGCAAGCCAACAGGUCCAGGGAGCACAGUCUCCGGCGAGACAUUGAGUGGUACCAUGCCUUAGUCAGGAGUAUACUGGAGGGAGACGCCAAGAUUCACCGGGCGGUUGUCACUUUCAGCGCGGAUCCAUCCGUGACGGGGCCCUCGGUGCUUCUCCAAGCCACCAGGGCCGGUGGAGAGAUAGUCCUCCAAGACCUGUCCAGCACUGCCCACCACUAUCUGCACAACCGCACAGCAGACACAGAGUGGUACCACGAAGUUAAAGAGAGGAAGAAGCCCGGCUUCCAUAAGAGGGUGCUGAGCCAAGACUUCACAUCAGUUGACAAUUCUUUAAAAAGAGGAGAGAGUUUUAUCCCGGACAAGACACAUGUCAAAUGGUCUGCGCCCUACCUGGAGUGUGAAAAUGGGAAUUUUGUUCCCCGGUGGCUUUUGACCUUAUCAGCUGCUUUCUAUGGCCUGAAGCCCAACCUGGCCCCUGAAUUCAGGGGUGUGGUGCGAGUGGACAUUAAUCUGCAGGAUGUUGAUAUCGACCAGUGCUCCACCGACGGCUGGUUUGCUGGAACCCAUCGAUGCAACCUGACCACUAUGGAGUGUUUGCCGAUCCACGGUCAUGGAUUCGUCUUAGACAAGUACAAGUGCCACUGCAAGAAAGGAUUCUACCACCCCAACAGAGUGGCUGUCAACGGCUUUACACGGAUUGGGAAAAAGGGAAAAGCUGCAGAAAGCGGUCCCAACGCGGACGAGGGGUCCUCCAGCGACUGCCUGCCGUGCCAGCAGGGCUGCGCCUACUGUAAGGACGACACCCCCUGUGUGGCACGAGAGGACGGCGCUCUUCGCAUGGCGGUGCUCUCCUUCCAGAGCCUGUGCAUGCUGAUUGUCUUCAUUAGCAUGGUGCUCAUCUACCAUUUUCGCCGGAAUAAGAGUAUCAGAGCAUCAGGUCUAGUCCUGCUGGAGGCCAUCCUGUGUGGAGCUCUGCUUCUCUACUUUCCGGUCGGGAUUCUUUAUUUCCAGCCGAGUGUUUUCCGAUGCAUCCUGCUGCGAUGGGUCCGAAUGCUGGGUUUCGCUACCGUCUACGGGACACUGACUCUCAAGCUGUACAGGGUGCUGAAGGUGUUCCUCUCCCGGACAGCCCAGAGGAUCCCCUACAUGACCAGCUGGAGGGUGCUGCGUCUGCUGGGCAUCAUCCUGCUCAUUGUGUGCUGGUUCCUGGUGGCGUGGACAUCUGCCGUCUGUCAGAACCCGGACAGGAAGUCGGCUCUCAUCGACGUGGGCUACACGCCCGACGGGCUGCAGUUCAGCAUUUGCCUGCUGGAUCGCUGGGACUACAUGAUGGCUGUUGCUGAGUUCCUCUUCCUGCUGUGGGCGGUGUACCUGUGCUACGCUGUGAGGACGGUGCCGUCGGCGUUCCACGAGCCUCGCUACAUGGCCAUCGCUGUUCACAACGAGCUCGUCCUGACGGCGAUAUUCUACGUCAUCAGGUUCACUCUCGCUCCUGAGCUCCACCCAGACUGGAUGCUCCUACUGUUCUUCACCCACACACACUUAACUGUAACAGUUACACUGGGUCUGCUGCUCGUUCCUAAGUUCCUGUUCGCUGGCACCCACAUGAGGGAUGACAUCGCCUCUGAGGCCUACGAGGACGAGCUGGACAUGGGUCGAUCCGGGUCGUACCUAAACAGCAGCAUAACGUCCGCGUGGAGCGAACACAGUCUGGACCCCGAGGACAUUCGGACACCAGACGAAAUGGGCCAUCUCAGUUCUAUUAAUGGCUGUGGCGUAAGAUCUUGUGACAGUCUUUGGGAAAAACGUACCAACGAGGAGCUGAAGAAACUCUACUCACAGCUGGAGAUUUACAAGAGGAAGAAGAUGCUGGCAAACAACCCUCAUCUCCAGAAGAAGCGCAGCUCCAAGAAAGGGCUGGGUCGCUCGCUAAUGAGGCGCAUCACCGAGAUUCCCGAAUCUGUGCACCGGCAAUGUAGCCGCGAAGACAAGGAGGCCGGGGAGCAUGGGAGCAAUCGUAACAGCAUCUGCAUGUUGAAGAAAAACCCUUUCGACCCGCCUCACCCAGGAAAACCAGCGAAGGAGGAGACGCUGAAGAACAAGGUUUUCUCCCUGAAGAAGUCCCACAGUAGCUACGACCACGUGCGCGACCAGAGUGAAGACUCCAACAGCUCGGCAACGGACAAGAUGGAGGUGACCACAGCCGAAGGCUCUCUCCUGGAUACACUCAUGGGCAAGAAGCUGGUCAAGAAGAAAUCUAGUGAGAAUAUAAACGUCCCCAGUGAAUCUACAGAAUCGGUUCCUUUGGUCUGCAAGUCCGCCAGCGCCCAUAACCUCACCGCAGACAAGAAACCGAUUCACCCCAGAGCGUCCAUGCUGCAGAAGUCGCUCAGUGUCAUCGCCAGUGCCAAAGAGAGGACUUUGGGCUUGGCAGGAAAGACCCAGAGUGCAGAGGACAGCAAUAAGAAGAGUCAGCCAAAGAGCAAAGACACAAGGGCCAGUGCAGAGCUGGAUAAUGAAUGCCAACCCAAGAUGAUUAUUAGCCAGUCGGUUGAGUACAAACAGAGUGCGGCGAAAGGUAGGAUCAUGAAGCAGCCGGUGAGCGGCAGCGAGCCUUCAAUCUGCUCCGAUCCAGCCAAGGGAAAGGACCUCUACGACCUCUCGGAAGUGUGCCCUUGGGAAGUGGAAGAUCUCCCGACUCCGUCCGAAAACAAGGUCCAAAAGCACGUAUCUAUAGCGCCGAAGGAAACCACAACGGUUCACGGAGGAAGCACCAAGGGAGGCAAAUCUCAGCAGCAGAAGCAGAGAGCGUCCGAUCAGUCGCCAUCAAGUGGAAGGAAUUCAAAGGAGAUUCAGAAGACGACUGCUGUUCGAGCUGACGUAUGUCCGUGGGAGGAUGCAGGUGAGAGUAAUGCUAGUCAACAGGAAGGGUCAAAGCAACAGGUAUCCAGUCAGGCUAGCCAGCUGGCUAAAACACAGCCGCCUCAGUCUGCAGUAGAAAGCGCCAAAACCCAGCGGGCAGACGUUUGUCCAUGGGACUUCGAAGAGGCUCAAAAGACAACAGAGUUGGCUCGCUCGCCGGAUAUGACAAAGCAGAGAAAAGGUACGUCUCCAGUGGAUGGGAGAGGAAGAAGUUCCCUUUCGGAUUCAUCCAAAAUCGGAGCCUCACUCCAGCUACCACCUCCAAAAGCUGAUGUGUGUCCCUGGGACUACGACAGUGCGGCAGUAUCUCCGAAUUCUGAGAGGACGCCGAGUCCGUCUCGAGGUUCCAAAACCACGGAGUCCCCUUCGAAAAAGAAGGGUACGCUUUCCACAAGAACGCUUGAGACAGAGAAAUCAAAAGACGCUGAUGAUGAGAAAAGUAGAACAAAAGCUAAGGACAAGAGCAAAUCUUCGGAGAAACACGCGAGCCAACAGAAAAUGGCGGAUGUUUGCCCGUGGGAUGUCGAGGGUCACCAGGAGGUGCCGUUGGUAGAAAAAAGGAAAAGCGCAAACGUUGGAGCAGCCAAAGUGAAACAGGCUGAAGUGUGUCCGUGGGAUUAUCAGGAGACGUCGGAUACGAAAGGUACAGACAAAAGUGCUGCUGCAGUGAAACAGAGCAGUCCGAAUCCCAAAGGCGGGAUUGUCAGCGCCGUGAAAAAGGCAGAUGUUUGUCCCUGGGACUUUGAGGAUAGCACAUCAAGCAAGAAGGCAUGACACUAAACCUUAAUGGACCACUGCAAUUAUAGUUAUUGAUGUAUACUUUUUUUUCCACUUUGAAAUCGUUAAAUAUUACCUUUUACUAUUAUUAGUGCGGUGACUUGGAAGAAAAGUUGAUCAGAUUCCACAAGUUGCCUUCCUUUCCGAGGUUUUUGUUCCGGUUUUACCUAUUUUGAAAAUAAGUAAAAUGUACAAAAAACUAAACAAAAGUCAUGACGAGCAUUCCAGAUUAUUCCAGGAAAAUCCUGAAGAUAAAUUGUAGACGAAUUAUGCAACUUUUGAUUCAGCCUUUUCACUUCACGAGCGACUUUUAUCUCAUGUUACAUGGUUCUCAGCAUCACCGACAUCAUCACUCCUUGGGACGAGGACGCGACGUGACGUUAGAAAGUUGUAGAGGAGAAAUUAAAAAUAUUGUUUUGUGUAAGAAUAAGAAGUAAACUAAACUACAGAAGUGAAAGCCAAAGAUUAAGGGAACAUUUACAAAGAGGGAUGUUGGUCUUUAGGCGGUAAAGUUAAUUUAUUAGUUUGUGUCCAAAGCUUGGCGCAGAGGCAAGGACACAGAAGGGAAAUCAAUCUAUAGCACUUUAGCCAGCCCCAUUAAUUAAGAACGGAGGACGGGAGACUCUGUUCUUCUUGUACAUUUCGUCUUCUUAUUUUCAACUUCAUGGCAUGAUAAUCACGCAGGAUAUCACACCACACCAACCAAAAUUAGACAUGUUUUUCUUUCUUUUUUUUUUUUUUGUUUAGAUCUAUUUAAUUGUAGUUCUCGGCAGAUUAAAAAUGCUUCCAAGUCUGCUGAGAUGUACUGUAUGUGCCUAACUUAACUAGCAUUGUCUUGUAUUAGUCUGAAGUAAAAGCAAGUGGCUUCACCUUCAGCAUUUUGUGACGGUGAAUUAUAUAAACAGCAUGCACAGCCAGGUGUGGAGAGUAGUCGGACCAUAACCCGGCUUGUCAACGAAGGCAGUUAACGUGUUGACGAGUAUAUAAUGUUGUUUUACUUUUCUUUUCUGAAUGCCAGUCACUCACUCUCCUGCUUUCAUGUUUCCCGAAGCUCAUUCAGGGCGGUGAAGAUCAUAUGAGCAGCAGCAGUAACUUGAAUGUGUGUCAAUAUGAUUCGUGUGUAAACUGUUUAAAGAAAAAAAGAAAAAAAAUAGUAGGGACAGAGAAAUUCUGACGGGCUACUGGGAAAAUUAUUUGCACCAGCUUUGUUUAUGAAUCCAGCAUGGGUCUAUGUGUUUGGCUUGCACCAAGUGUGUGUGUGUGUGUGUGUGUGUGUGUGUGUGUGUGUGUGUGUGUGUGUGUGUGUGUGUGUGUGGACAUGGAUUUAAAGUAAAACUUCUCUGUCUCAAACACCAAAGUCGAAGAUGAACAUGCCACCGAUUUCAGUUUAAAAUCAGCGGAUAGAAAUCGCUGUUUUAAAAUAAUAAUUGUGGUUUAUUACAACUUGGGUUUUUAUUUUUAUUUUUUAAGUUUUUCCACCAUCAUUUCUAUUGGUAACAGUGACAUUGUACUCAUCAAGUUAAAUGCUCAGACCUGGGUUGGUAUUUCUGUUAAUUGAUUGACAACACCAAUUACAGCUGCAUCAAUGUGUUGGUGGCCAUUACUCUGAAGCUCCGCCCCCAUUCUUAAUCCCGCCUCUAAAGAUCUGAUUGGCCGAUAGUUUCUCCAAUGGGGGGGGAGACAAGACGCUUCUAAAUAAAGCCAGUAAGAUAUUGGCUUGUUUUGUUUUAAACGGACCAAUCAUAUUUUUCUUUUCUUGUCAGAUUUUGUUGAAGCAGUUACUUUGGUGAGUACAAUGAUAUCAUAACUGAAACCCCCCCCCCCCCCCCCCUCAUAUUUCAAGAAUAAGUAUUAAUCUGCUGUUAAUUCAUGUUUUUUUUAUUUUCCUUUGUGAAUUGAGAGUUCACAAGUAGCAUAAUGCAUGUUCUUCCCUGUUUAAUGCAAACUAGGCUGAAACCCAACUGAUUGAUUAUGCUAAUAACUUUAGAACUAGACUUAGCAAUGUGGUUAUCAAUUACUAAUUUGACUAAACCUUUUGAAGGUUUUGAUUUGUUCAGUGUUUUGUAUCAAAAUGUCUAAAUAUUCAUCAUGCACUAUCCAUCCUGGGAUUACAGUGAGAAAAAAAUAAUAAUUUCCCACUUAUAUUCAAAAUAAUACCUGUUGAUCAGCUGACAAUAUUUGCAGCAGUGUGAGGAGAACUACGUAUCAAUAUAGCAUCUACAGUACUUUAUGGUAUCUCGUGAGAUUUACAUGGUAUCACUGAGUGUCGUCACCGAUUGUAAUUAUCUGUAUUUGAUGUCAAAUUCCUCUUGACAAAAUAUACAAGCUCUGUAGGAGUCCUUACUAACUGUGAUUUAAAAAAAAAAUAAAAUAAAAAAGUCAGUGCUCGUCAGUGAGAAUUUUAACCAAGUCCUCAUUUGAUUAAACACUCUAAAUUUCUGUAGCACAGAAACGAUCCAGUGACAAAUAUUUGUAGCUGCUCUUAUCCGACUUUGUUUAACGUGCUCUACAGCUAGACUCCAUAAACGUGAUUUAGACGCCACGUCUUAUAUCUGCCUCCACCGACUGAGAAAUUACCCCUGCUCCUGAGCUGCGGAGGGUGGUGGUGGAGGAGGGUGGGGCCCAGUCUGAGAUAUUUCAAAAUGUGGAGUGUUUGCCUUUCAGCGUGAGAUUUGUCAUCACCUCUGCUUUAUGAGCUCCUUUAGGAACAGUGUCUGAGAAGAACUGCCACCGCGCGUGGAUGGAUUGUGAUGCCUCUGUGGAUCUAUGUGAUAUUUAUGAAACCAGAUGUUAGGCGUCAUCCAUCACAUGCGUCGCGGUGGCGGAUGCGGGAUCCUGUUAUUUGGGAUUUCCUGACCUCUGGUGCGACGACAACAACAACAACAACAAAAAAAAACCCUUUCUGUUUUUUCUUUAAAAACUGACUCCAGUCUUUUCGCAAUCACUGCCGCAUUAGAUUUUACUGCCCUGGGUGAUGAAUAAUAUGCUGUAUAUUUUUAUUGUCCUUGUAGGAAAAGUCCACAUGUUCUUCACGACCUCAGACUGAGCUCAUACAGGCUCUGAAGCAGCUGUGAUUUGGGUAAAAUUCAAUAUAUUUAUUUAAAUAAAAGCGCCAGUGACAAGCAAUAUUUUCUAGCUAUUUUCAAGCAAAGAAAGGCGUCAAUACACGUUUUUAUUCAGUGAUGUUGAUUUUUAACUUUUACACACGUGGCCCGUGAGAUUUUACAGAUCGGUGAAGGGUGGGAGCUCAAAGGAAAAACACACUUAUAAUUAAAAUAGUCUUAGAAAAUACUUACACAGUGCAAUAUCCCACCAUUAUACGAAGGAUUACGUCACUUUUUCUUUUUCAAUCAACAAUCAACCUACUCUGUUGUUGAAUAGCAUAACUUCAGGUGGUGUGCUUGUGCUGUAGCGUUCAGCCGGUGUGUGUGUGUGUGUGUGUGUGCGCGUGUGUGUGCGCGUGUGUGUGUGCGCGUGUGUGUGACACCGUUGUACCAUCUCGACAUAUAGACGACACUGUGUCCCGUAGCUCUUUUUCUUUUUGUUUGUCCCCCCCGGUGGGAUCUCGACCACGGUGAGUUCUGUUCGGCUGCUUUCAUCUUUAUUAAAACACCUGACUUCUCUCUCUUCUUCUUGUGACCAAACCAAGUCACCCGAUGGCAAAUACAACUACUACUAUUGCUACUACUACUAUUCAAUGCUGUAACGUCGUAAAUCUUGCUCUUGUGGCUUCUGCAUGAAUUCAAGAAAAAAUUAGUAGGACCGAUGUUUCACUGCCCUUGAUAGAACAAAAAAAGAAAAAAAAAGGAUCUUUUAUGGACUGUUACAAGUUGUAUAGUGAGUGAUACUGUCCCUAACCCACUGUAUUAUGUGCUUGUUAUAACUAUUGCUCUAUGACAAGCUUAUAGCAUCAAUAUAUGGGAAUAUUUGGUAGAUUUAUAUUGUGUUAUAUUGUGAUAGCAUGUACAUAAAAGAUACCUCCUCUGCAAUAAAUAUUUAUAUGAAAAUGAA